GCGCCCUGUCCGCCGCGCGGCCGCCUCUGCUCCACGCCGCGGGCGGGCAGCGGGCCCGCAGCGAGCCCCCCGCGGCACCGAGGCGCCCACGGCCGCCGCGCACCGAGCGAGGUGAGCGAGCCCCGCAGGGGAACCUCUCGAACUGGCCUGGAUGAAGGCAGGAGGAAGAAACGCUGCGCCCUUGGCCUAGCUGCAUGCAACGUACCUCCUCUGUACGGCAGCUGUCAGAGAAAUGCUGCGCCGCGAACCUGCAAAGCAUCAUCUCUAGACAGAAGGGCGCUCGUUUGGAUGAAUGUUCUUGUAGUCUGAGUAAUUUUCUUUUUUUUUUAAAGACAUUUUACCUUUUUUUGUUUCAAUAAUAAUUGCAAAAGACUCACAGAACACACAUUCUGAAACUGAAGCUUAUGCAGCGUGACGGCCCUCAGACCUUUAUGAUAAACUUUCCCAUGCAAGCUGGUUUCCAUAUUACAGCUUCUCUCAACACCGUGAGCUGAUAGCGAGAUAACUUCUUGUGAUGGCACUCUUUUCUCAAACUAGUCAGCAGGGUUUGCAGGCUUUGCUGUGGAAAUGCCGUAUGUUCUGGCCUGUUUCGAGAUGUCAACAACUGUUUGCUGUCUCUUUUGGCAUCCCCAGUAGGGAAAAAGUUAGCUAUUUCAGUUUCGUGACAUCUUCCAGCACUGCUUUACCCGUGGAUCCCAAAGGAGCUGAUGCCUUUCCUACCAAGAAAAGGUCUGAAGUUGUUUAUGAAGAAGAAAAAGGAUGGGAUGAGGAGACUAAACAAAUACCUGAAGAGAAACUCCGCCUCUCUUCCUCUGCAGGAACUCCCAAGAAACGAAUAAGUCACAUUGCAUUAAGGCAUAAGUUUGCCAAGGUACAGCCUCCAGAAAAACCUUUACAGGCUGAGGAAUGGAAUAGACUGAGGGAAAGCUUUCCGUCACCAGAAAUAUUUGAAGAAGUGAUGUUUAACAGUAUGAUCAGGUACAACAGCCCCAUUGACGUGGCUAAGUCCUUGCUGACUCACAUAGCAAAAAGUAACGGUGACAUUGGGUAUAACUUGUUGGUCAAGUAUCUGGCAUUGUGUGCCCAACAAGGGAAGACUUCAGAAAUCUGUGACGUGUAUGAUAUAUUGAAAAUCAGAUUUAAAAUUUUAGAAAGUGGGGCUUACAAUCUUAUUGUCAGGGGUCUGAGUAAUUCAGGUCAGUGGAGAAAGGCAUUGACUGUUUUGGAAGAAAUAAAAAUGGCUAUGAUUCCUUCACGAGCGAACUAUGAGUCCUGUAUCAAAGCAGCCUGCCGUCACCAAGAAAUGACCCUCGCACGUGAACUGUACCGUGAAAUGUUGGCUAAAGAUUUGGUGCCAACACUGGACGUCCUGCAGGCCUUUUUUGACUACAGCAGGGGUAUGAAAGAUCCUGAAUUACAAAAAGAGCUGUUUGGUAUCCUCUUAUAUUUCAGAGAGAACCAAAUAUAUCCUCACAAAACACUUAUGCGGAGUAUAAAGCUGUGGUUUGAAAGUAUACCGGGAGAGAACUGGAGAGGACACCUGACCAACAUCACCAACAGUGGACAGUGCCCAGUUUGCAGCCAUCAGUUGGAGGAUAGUGAGCUCAGCAAAGAGGAGUAUAAUAAUCUCAGUGAAAGAAUAAUAAGAGAUGUGAUACAUGGAACUGACACUUUCAGAAAGACAAGUCCACAGGAAUUUGAAGCCUUUCAAACAUUUGUGGAAAAUCGACUUCCGUUUGAUAUUGUUAUUGAUGGACUCAAUGUUUCCCACAUAAAACCCAGAAAGUUGCAGUGUGAAAAUCUAUUUGAGGCUGUCAACUGCCUGGCAAAAAACAAUGCCCGCUUGCUUGUGCUGGGCCGCAAACACAUGCUGGUCAACUCUUCAAACUGGAAAAGAGAGAUUAUGAAGGAGAUGCAGAAUAAGGCAGACUUCUUCUUUGCUGAAAAUAUUUCUGAAGAUGAUGCCUUCUUGUUAUAUGCCACUCUUCAAUCCGGCAAACACUGCAAGUUCGUUACGAGAGACUUCCUCCGGGAUCACAAAGCCUGUCUUUCCGACAGUCUGACACGUCAUCUGUUCCGUAAGUGGCAGCGUGGACACCAAAUAGUCCUUUUUCCUUCUGUAGGAGGAAAUCCUAUGAAAUUUUUGCCUGCUUUCAGUUAUGACUGUGUGGUACAGACUACAGGGGAUACAUGGCAUAUCCCCUAUAAAGACGCUUAUGAGGAAAAAUAUUCGUAUCGAGUGCCAAGAAAAUGGCUCUGCCUUCAUCGGAAGUACAGAAGAGUGUAAUUGCACAAGCUGAAAUUUCUUUUUUUUUUUUUUUUUAAAUCCCUGCUGCCAACUAAGAGAACAGAAUACACCUAGACCAGCAGUACAAUUACGGGAUUAAUGUGUGAGGCAUGUAACUAAAGAAAAUUCAUUAACUGCAUUUUGUCAAAAUCAUUCUUGAAGUAAAUCUGUUAAUGUCAGUGGGGGUCCAGCAGGGAUAAAUUAGGUCCACGAUUUCCAUCUUUACUGGCAAUUUCUGUAGCCUCAAUGUGAUUUUGAAUUAAAACUUGUUUUUCCCUCCUGGAA